CGAGUACCCAUAUCCAGGCUGAUCUUCACCAUGCCCUCCACCGACAGGAAAUACCCCCAGAUCACCGCGGAAAACGUCUGCCAGCUCUUCCCUGAUGUCCAGCCCCUCUCCCUCUCUCAGACUGCCACCCACCCCACCAGCACCACGGUCCACCCGGAGCUGGUCGGCCGCGAUGAGGAGCAGAUCCGGCUGAUGAACGAGAUGUGCAUUGUUGUGGACGAGGACGAGAAUGAGAUUGGGAUGGCGAGUAAACGGGCCUGCCACCUCCUCCCCAACAUCACCCAAGGCCUCCUCCACCGCGCCUUCAGCGUCCUCCUCUUCGACACCUCCAACCGACUACUCCUUCAACGCCGGGCCAGCGAGAAAAUCACCUGGCCAGACUACUGGACGAACACCUGCUGCUCACACCCACUGGCCAUCGCCGGGGAAACAGGGGCGGACUUCCACGCCGCGAUGGCGGGGGCGCGGCGGGCGGCGCAGCGAAAACUCGAGCACGAGCUGGGCAUCCGGCUGAGCGAUGCGCAGGCCGAACGGGGGCUGAAGUUCAUGACGCGCAUGCAGUACGAGUGUGCGUUUGAGGGGGGGUGGGGGGAGAAAGAGGUGACCUACAUCUUCAUCCUCCAGCUAGACACAGACCUCGAUAUCAACAGGAAUGAGAUCCGCGAUUAUCGCUACCUGAGCCGGGAGGAGUUCGGGGAGAUGUUCGCGGACCCGACUCAGCUGUUCACUCCCUGGUUUAGGCAUAUGGUGAGGGAGUUUUUGCCGGCUUGGUGGGAUGCCCUU